AUGUUCGCUCUUGGAAGAAUCGCCAGCGUCGCAGCUACGUCCUCGACCCGUCGUGCGCCGGCCGCUAUCCGCUCCCUGUCGACGUUGCAUCCGACGCUCUACACUUCCACCACGACUUCGACCGGAUCCCGCGCCCAGGGGAACGUCUCUACCCCGGAGAAGAACCUCGAUCUGACGAUGGGUAUGCCCAAGGAGAUGGGGGGUAGUAAAGGUGCGCUUUGGUGUCUUGGCUCGCAAGCCUCGCGAGACCUUGUGAAAAGAUCCUGAUGACCUCAGCCGCUCGACGACGCGGGCAGGACCGGCGGGGGGCGAAUCGAACCCCGAGCAAUUGUUCGGUGCUGCGUAAGUCAUCAUCUGACCCUCCCCUGGGUGAUCAGAUUACCCCCAACACUGACCGCCCCUACCUCGGAACAGCUACUCGACCUGCUUCCUCUCGGCCCUCGGCGCGACCCAUGGCUCCUUGUUCCCCAAGCACAAACCUUUGCCCAAAUCGACCACCGUGCGAGCCCUCGUAUCGAUCGGCAAGAACAAGACCGAGAAAGUACCCGUACGUAUCACACCUCGCACAUUUCCCCCCCGCUCCAUCCCGCAACAAAAAGGACCUCGUAGCUCACCCACCCCUAAACGCAUGACGUCACCCACCCACACGUCCACUAAUCACGCAGGGUUUUCUCCUCGCGGUCGAACUCGAAGUGCUCAAGAAACCUUUGCAACAAGUCGGUCUCGAGGAUGCCGAGAUUCACAAGCUCGUACAGCAGGCGCAUCAAUUGUGCCCUUAUUCGAGGGCCGUGCAGGGCAAUAUCGUACGUAUCUUGAGCAAGGGCCGAGGUUUCAGCCUUGGGGGGGGGGGGGGGGGGGGGGGCGCUUUCAAUACUGAUCCUGAGCACUCGGUUUUUUUGGGUGGUCGCAGGAGGUCGUCGUUCGAGUUGUUGAUGCUUGA